UUUUAUUCUUUUUUUUUUUUUUGUAGAAAUCUUUUAGCCAUGAAUUGACAGAAAAUAAAAGGAGAGAGAUAGUUUCUUAAUUUUUUUGUCAUCAUCAUGAAAAGGGAUUUUUUAUGGUGAUUGUCCAAAAACAAAACUCUACUCUACAGAGCUCUCAAUCUCUUUUUCACCUAUGAGUUUUGCCCAUUGUUUUUUUUCCCUUUAAAUUCGAAGCAUGCUAGCUUUUCUUUCCUAUCAAAUGUUUUUGAUUUCAUGAUCUUAGACAUUGAUGCUUAUAUAUGUUUCUUUCUUCUUCUUUCUUGGGUAAAUUGUUCUACAUUGAUUGAUACAUGCUAAAUAUUUCUUCUUUUCUUUUGGAUUUCUUUUAUUGAUUGUUUUCCAAAGUUUUGGCAUUCAGAAAGAUUUUGGCUUGUAGAGCAUUUCAAUUGGUUUUAUAAAUUAUGGAUCAUAUUGUUGGGGGGAAAUUCAAACUGGGUAGAAAGAUCGGUGGAGGAUCUUUUGGGGAGAUUUUUCUUGGGAUUGAUGUGCAGAAUGGAGAGGAAGUUGGCAUAAAGCUGGAACCUGUAAGGAGCAAGCACCCUCAGCUUCACUAUGAGUCUAAAAUUUACAUGCUUCUUCAAGGAGGAAUGGGAAUUCCUCAACUCAAGUGGUUUGGUGUUGACGGUGACUACAGCAUCAUGGUUAUUGACCUUCUUGGGCCAAGUCUUGAAGACUUAUUCAACUACUGCAAUCGGAAGCUUUCUUUGAAAACAGUGUUGAUGCUUGCAGAUCAAUUGAUUAACAGGGUUGAAUAUAUGCACUCAAGGGGCUUUCUUCACCGUGACAUAAAGCCUGAUAACUUUCUUAUGGGUUUGGGACGUAAAGCCAAUCAGGUUUAUAUUAUUGAUUAUGGCCUUGCAAAGAAGUAUAGGGAUUCUCAAACUCAUAAGCACAUACCAUACAGGGAAAAUAAAAAUCUUACCGGCACAGCUCGAUAUGCUAGUGUUAACACUCACCUUGGAGUUGAACAAAGUAGAAGAGAUGAUUUGGAAUCUCUCGGUUAUGUGCUUAUGUAUUUCCUCAGGGGAAGCCUUCCGUGGCAGGGUCUGAAAGCAGGGACAAAAAAGCAGAAGUAUGAUAAAAUCAGUGAAAAGAAGACCUUAACUCCUAUAGAGGUUCUUUGCAAAUCAUAUCCAUCAGAGUUCAUAUCAUACUUUCAUUAUUGUCGAUCAUUACGAUUUGAAGACAAACCGGAUUAUUCAUAUUUGAAGAGGCUUUUUCGUGACUUAUUUCUUAGAGAAGGCUAUCAGUUUGAUUAUAUAUAUGAUUGGACAAUAUUGAAGUAUCCUCAAAUUGGCUCCAAUUCUAGACAAAAGGUUAAUGUUCGUCACUUUUAUAGUAGACUUUUUCUUUGUUUGAUAUUUAUAAUAUAUUUUGUAUGUUUCGGCAGCCUAGUGCAAAGGCAGGUUCAAAACUUCGACCAUCUACUGAAAAAACAGAAAAGGCUCCAGUGGGAAAAGAGAUGCAUGAUAGAUAUUUGGGUGUGGUUGAAGUGCUGGGCAGAAGAAGUGUUUCCAAUGUUAAUGUCGAUCGCUCGAAGCACAGGCCAUUGGAGAAUGUUUCACCAUCGAAGGAAGUGCGAUCUGAUUUGGAUAGAGGCCGCGCUUCCUUCUCUCACAAUGGAAGUAUGUCAAGAAAGGCUGUUGCUUCAAGCAGCAGAAGAGGCACUACUGUUUCAGCUAGUGAGAGUAGAUCAAGUUGGCUGUUCUCGAAUACUAAUCGCCUGCCUACCACCCAAAAAAACCGUUCUGGAGUUGAGUCCAAAAUGGCAUCAGUUUCUCAUGGAACCCCUACAAAAGGCACUCGUGAUGGCCAUCUUCGAAGCUUUGAGAAUCUUUCCAUUGGCACACAGAAGAGGAAGCAAUGAACAUUAUUAUAUUACUUUUAGUAAAAGAUGGUGCUUUUUAUUUAUGAUGAGACAAUACAUGUGUUCUUGUUUCAUUGCAUGUAACGCAUAUUUAUUCAAGCUUUUUCGUUUUGAUAAAAUUAUGAUGCAUUUUGCCUUUCUAAGAAAUCUGCAUGUGCAACAUCCGGGUGUCGUUCAUCUUGUUUCAACGUAGUUCUGUGAAGCAACCAAGAAGAAAAUAAU